CGACUGGGACAAGAACCGUCAAGGAGUGAUCGAGGAUACUCCACCGGUUGACGGGUUCCUGGACAGUGAGGAGGAUGUAAGACUUCACAUCCACUCCUGGGCACUGGCCGUGGGUAAGUAUGCUACUCCUGGGCGGCCCCUAUGGCUUGCGCCUCCAGGACAUGUGCGACGACCAGACUUGGUCCUCAAACCUUAUAUUGAAGAGGAUUUUUGGGGAAUGUCGGGCGUAGGUUGGAUGAUGGAGCUGGCCUUAGCUGGCAAGUACGAGCUGCGGGAAGACCCGCUUACAAUUGAAAAUGGGGCGCUACAGGUGGGUAAGCACGAGAAGAUGAUAGGUGGGGUGUACCUGCUGGCAAAUGCACUGCUUCAAGAAGAGACGGUCAGAAAUACGGUACUAGACCAGGAAGAGGAGGUAGAGCCGGGAGGAGGUGAUAAUGUGAUCCACGAAAGGGAGGACGACGACUUUGAGAAAGGCUUGAUACCGCUUGGGGCAGCUAUGCCAAGAGGGAGGGGAGGAGCAGAGCCAGUGGGGACCCCUUUGAGGGCAACCAGACAGAGGACGCGGAUGAGGACCAGGAGAGAGGACAGGCCUCCAGUCUUCCGGGGAGGGAACAUCGAGUUGUUCCUGAUGGAGUUUGAGCGGCAUGCGAGAGAGUUUGGAUGGGACAGUACCAAAAUGUUGAGAGAGGUACGAGGUGUAGGCGAGUGGGCGGACCCUAUUGCUAAGAUGGUCAGAGAAUCGCUGAGUUGGCAAGACUUUGGACGGAGGAUGGAGGUUUUGCAUCCGUCACCAUUGGGAAGGGAUGGACAACCCAUUCGGUUCGACUCCACCAACUUGGGGGAGUUCUUGUGGGCCUAUGACCGAUAUGCAGACGAGCUUGGUAUCCUAGGAGAGCAGAGCGUGGGGAGUUUCCUCUUGUUUGUGAGACACCAUAUCAGACCCUUCGUACGAUCCAUUGUGGCAUUUCCCAUGAACUGGGGGCACUGCAAGAAGCUGCUAUGGAACUAUUAUACUCCAGCUCGUCAGGCAGGUGAGAGGAGAGGUGUGGAAAAAAGAAAAAGGGAACCUGGGACAGAGGCAAGGGGAACCUUUGAGCAGGGCGCGUCACCAGGGGCUCAGAGGGAGGAAAAGGCUGGGGACCUGAAGAGAGAACUGGACAGACAGGGCAAAGAGUUGACAGCAGUAAAGGCAGACAUGGAGAGUGUCUCAGCAGAGAAUGAGGCCGUCAGACAAGUCAAUCAGACCCUUAACAAGGUCACUGACGCUCUGAGGGCCUAUUUGUGUGCACAACUGACCUUCUUCCAGGUUAAGGAGACUGAGUGGGAGAAAAGAAUUCGAGACCUCGAAGCCAAGUAUACCCAGCAAGCUCCCACAAGAGUGGUGGAUUGGGCAGAGGUCCAGAAGUUUGAGAUCAGGGAACAGCCUGCAGAGGAAGUCUUGAAGAGGGAGAAGGAAGUAGAAAUGGCGGACCAGCAGGAGGAUGAGAAGAUCCCUUUGAUCGACAAGGAGAUGUUGGAGCAGCCAGGAGUGGUUGUGGGAAAGGGUGCAGAGGUCGGAGAGUUUGAGUGGAGGUUACCUGUUGGCCUGACACUGGGACACGAGCCGGCAGUACCACAGGAGGGACUACCAGUUGAGGCAAUGAGAGUUGGGGAGGUUCCACCUACUAUUCGGAAAGAGACUGCGGGACAGCAGGAGGGUCAGGAAAGUGUGGGCCAGACCAUGGUUGGGACGGAGCAGAGAGUGGACCUGAGGGACUGUCAGAAGUCAACCAUGCUUCAGGAGGUGCCAGUUGCUACAGAUUUGCGGGAUGUAGUGGGAUAUUGGGCCACUGGGUCAGGGUCAGAGGGGCGUGUUGGGGAGCCGGGGAUGCCAGCAGAUGACAGAGCAGCCUGCCCCGCUUCCUCAGGGGUCCCACAACAGGAGGUUACGAGCAAGAUCUCAACAACCCCGUCAUCUGUACCCUCGCUGGAAGGAGAGAAGAUGACUCAGAAGAAGCUUGGCAAGUGCUUCUAUUGCAAGAGGGGCAAACAUCGAUCUGAUGACUGCCCCAAGAGCCUCAAGGACGAGGCAAAUGAAUUGUGUACCAGGGAGUCAUCUGGGGUAUGGAGAGAUAGAAAUAGAAACCUAGUCCCUAAGACUCAUGAUGGGGUAAGGGCGCAGUUGUAUAGGCAGCUGCAGGGGGACAUGAGUGAUCAGGAAUAGGAAUUUCUAAUAAGGUCCGGAAAGGUCUAAAGUCUAACAUAUGCGGGAUUUCUCUGACUCUCAGACUGAUGGCUACUUGUAUAUAGAGAGAUACGUGGAGGAUUGGAUCAGACCCAUGUACAUCAGUAUACUGAGCCAGUAGUGAGAUGUUACGCCGUGUUAUAGACUU